UCUUCUUCCACUUUUAGCCGGCGGGUAAGCCAUCCCGCGAGCUCGCCUCGGCGUCGCAACUCCGUACCACACACGCCGCCGCGCGGGCCAUGGACGCCGUUCUACCUCCCCUCCUCGUCGGCGGCGGACUCUCCGUCUCCGUCUCUGUAUCCACCGCCACCCGAGCCAUUUCAGCCUUCCACCUCUCGCCCUCCGCCCUCCGUUCAACCGCUCGCCAUCGCGGCCGGCACCGUUCCCCCGUCCUCGCCACUGCUUCGGAGUCGCCUUCCACGCCACUAGCCGCCGCUAUGGCUGAGAGCCACUCGCGUUUCUCCAGGUGGGUAGUGGUGAUGGAUAGGCCCCCCGCGGCCGCGGGAGGCAGCGGGGUCUCCCGCGCGGAGGCUGUGGAUUAUUACGCCUCCACACUGGCCGGGGUUGUGGGGAGUGAGAAAGAGGCGCAGAUGCGCAUAUACGAGGCUUCGUGGGAUGGCAGCUACGAGUUCCGCUGCGAGAUCGACGAGGGAGCGUCAAAGGAGCUUGCAAAGAUGCCUGGAGUAUUAUCUGUUCAGCCAGAUAUGGGUCAAAGAUCACAGAUGGAUAACGACAGUUUGAGCCUCUCGACAGCUAACCUUGUAAGCAUCGGCGAUGGUGCUUCUAAAUCAUCAAGUGGAAAAAAUGAGUUUUGGCUUAUUCGAAUGGAGAAGCCCGGAGUUGAAGUCGUGACAAAGGCACAGAUGGUGGACCACUAUACCCAAAUCCUUAUGAAAGUAUUGGGCAAUGAACAGGAUGCUCAAGUUAGCAUAUAUCACAUUUCAUGGGAAAGGGAUUAUGGUUUCUGCUGUCAUAUUGAUGAAGAGUGUGCAAAGGAGUUAGCUGAUGUUCCUGGAGUGUUAUCUGUUCGACCAGAUACAAACUUUGGAUCAGACAACAAAGAUUACAAAGGUAAAAAUGGCUUCAAAUCAUCUGAAGGAACUGGCGCGGCCGAUAUCAAAACUAAAAGGCUCUUUGUUACAGGGCUUUCAUUCUAUACAUCCGAAAAAACCUUACGGGCAGCCUUUGAGCCUUUUGGUGAGCUGGUAGAAGUAAAGAUAAUAAUGGACAAGAUAUCAAAAAGAUCAAAAGGGUACGCCUUCAUAGAAUACACUACUGAGGAAGCUGGAGGUGCUGCCCUGAAAGCAAUGAAUGGACAGAUAAUAAAUGGCUGGAUGAUAGUUGUUGAUGUUGCUAAAACCAGAUCAAGAGAUCAUCAAUCCGGUCGACCUAAUCAAACAUUUAGGCCACCCUACCAUUCGAGAUAACUGUUUGAUGUACAGAAGAACUAAGCAGCUGUAGAGUAGAGAUAAGCGACCACAAUCUGGGGCAUGUCGAGCUGCCUGUUCUGAUUGCAGUUCAGUGCCCUUAUCUUUUGCUAAUUGCUGGAGGAUACUUCCAGCUAAAUAUAAAUGCAGCUAAAGUGUACAAUUACUAACAUCUACUAAAACAAUUUAUUCAAAAUUUUCAGUGACUACUUCAAGAGUCUGGAUAGAUAUGUUAUAUUUA